CACGUGGCUAGGUGACCCUUUCGCUGCUGGAGAGGAGUAGUGCUGCUGUCAUGGCGGAGGAUGCAGGUUGCAGGGUGGGCUGUAUCGGGGCCGGGAACAUGGCCCAGGGGGUCCUGCGGGGGUUACUGCUAUCAGGUAAGGUUCAGCCGAAGGACGUCACCGUGAGCGCUCCCUCCGACAGGAACCUCAGAACAUUCCAGGAUCUUGGCUGUCACACAACUCACUCCAACAUCGACGUCUUAUCUGGCUCCAGCGUGGUGUUUUUGGCUACGAAGCCCCACGUUCUCCCCGGCGUUGUAAAGGAGAUUUUGCCGGCGGUGACCUCUGAUCAUGUCAUCGUUUCUAUGGCAGCCGGCGUCACCGUGCAGACCCUGGAAGACUCUCUCCCCCCUGGGACGAAGGUUCUCCGAAUGUUGCCCAAUUUGCCGUGCAUGGUCCAGGAGGGGGCGGUGAUGUUCUGUCGCGGUCACUGGGCCGGGCAGGAGGAAGCGGAUCUGCUGAAGAGCCUCCUAUCAAGCUGCGGUCUGUGCGAGGAGACCCCCGAGGCCUACCUUGACAUCCACACGGGGCUGAGUGGCAGCGGCGUGGCCUUUGUUUACAUGUUUGCAGAAGCCUUGGCGGAGGGCGCGGUUAAGAUGGGCAUGCCCAGCACGCUGUCCAAUCAGAUCGCAGCACAGACUCUGCUGGGAGCGGCAAAAAUGAUAUUAAAGACAGGAGACCACCCGGCUAAACUACGCUCGGAUGUCUGCACUCCUGGUGGGACCACCAUCUACGGCCUCCACGAGCUUGAGAAGGGGGGUCUGCGAGCCACGGUAAUGAAUGCUGUGGAAGCUGCUACUGAGAGAGCCAGAGACCUGGGCAAACGCUAGAGGUGGGGACAUCAUGGCGAAGCAGAGUACUCCGGACCAGAGAAUCGCAGAGGACCCCCAAACUCACUCAUCUACAGAGGACCCCUCCACACUCACAC